GAUGCCCGCAAUGAGCACAGGCCUCGGCGCAGGCUCACAGCGGCUUGGCCGGUCCCGGUGUUUGCCCCGGAGCUCGCGGGCCGAGGGUAAUCGCUGCCGGGGCCUAGUACUCCCCCCUCCCCCACACCCGGGCCCCAAGGCCGGGAGUAACCGGAUCGUCCUGCCGCUGAGGCCAUUCGUCCCAACGCCCCCGUGUCAGCCCCAUAGCAGCAGCGUUUGCAAUGCCCUUACCUGUGCUCCAGCCUCAACUGAUCCGCUCAAACCAGAAGGAUGAGUACUACCUGAACUCUCUGCGGAGCUGUGCUAACGACAUUUUCCAGAUCUUUGCUGGUGCUAAGCGAUGGCUGGAAUGGAAGAAGGAGAUUGAGUUACUGGCAGACCUGACCUACUUUUUUUUAACAACCUUUGCAGGUUACCAGACGUUAGGUGAGGAGUAUGUUAACAUCAUUCAGGUGGACUCCAGUGGGCAGCGGGUGCCAUCCUCUGCCAGACGGGCGGUGCUCGUUGUCCUUCACAUCUGCAUUCCUUAUCUGCUGGAUCGAGGACUGAACCGUCUGGAGCAGAAUCUCCAGGGAGAGAGUGAGAGAUCCUGGGCACCAGAUCACACACGCGUCAGGCCAGGAGUCUUGCACUGGCUGCAGGCAGCAAUCACUGCCCUGACCGAGCAGCAGAAAAAAGUGUUGCUGCAGACUACCUAUAUCCUGCGACAGGCGAUCUCCUUUCUUCACCGUCUACACCUUGGCAUCUUCUACCUCAACGGAGCUUUCUACCACAUAGCUAAAAGAUUCACCAGGAUCACUUACCUGUGUGUACGUGGUUUAUUCAGUGACAAUGCUGGACUCCGGCGGAGUUACGAAUUGCUGGGGAAGAUUUCUCUGCUGCAGCUAGCCCUGACUGUUGCCACGCAGGUUAACAGCUACCGGCAAAGGCAGCGUGCCCGGCAAGAGUGGAAACUCCAUCGCAACCUUCCCUACUCGAGAAACCUCUCUCAGGACCAUUCAGCCCGCAGUUCCAAGUGUAUACUUUGUUUGGAAGAACGUAGACACUCAACAGCCACACCAUGCGGCCACCUCUUCUGCUGGGAAUGCAUCACAGAAUGGUGCAAUACAAAGGCAGAAUGUCCACUUUGUCGGGAGACAUUCCAGCCCCACAGACUCAUCUACAUGCGUCAUUACAUUUAGAAACAGCAUUUCUAUGAUGCCUGUCACAACUUUUGGAAAUCCCAAAGCACUUUACAGCUAAUAAAGUACAUUUGAACUGCCAUUACUUAAUUUUGAAAGAAGAGGCUCAAUGGACGUGUGGUUAGGAGACUUCCAUUUGAGUGAUAUUGAAGCUCAAGAGAACAGAACAAUUAAGUCAGCAGCAUGUCUGCUCGAAGGAAUUGACAAGUAUGCUGAACUAUCACUGCUUUCAAGAUCAUACAAAAACCUUGGAGUUCAGACUGUUGUUUAAUGCCAAGCUUUACAUCUGAACAUGACGAAUUGAAGUACUAAAAAGUUUUCCUCUGCCACUGCUUACCCUCCUACCUUCCAAGGCAUUAUACCUUUGAUCCACUUCCACAGAAUGCAAUAAAUAUGAGGAUCUUA